GUAUUUGGCCGCUAGCCCUAUUCGUGAGCUGUGGGCUCGGAUUGAGGUGCAGCAGCUAGCGGUGUUUAGGUACCAGGCCUGCCCCCCGUCUCUCCUCCUACUUCCUGUCAACCCGGUGCUUGUGUGUCCUGCUCACUCCCCUCCAUUCGCUGUGAGACCCCGGCAGGGAAGGAGACAAUAGGACAGGCAGGGAGAGCCUGGCAUUCCUGGAGCAGUAUGUGUGAGCCAGGUGCAUGAUGCCUCACUGCCUGGCUAAUGGCUGCAGAAAUGGCACCGAAGGGACAGACCCGUUGGUCACUUUCCAUGCGUUUCCAGCAGAGGAGGAGGCAGCAAAGCGCUGGGCCGGCCUAUGCGGAAUCACCGGACUGGAUCUUACCAAUCUAGUGCGUGAUGUGGCGCAGGGGAAUUCUGGGAAAUACCAGCUAUGCUCCCUACACUUUGAGGAUGGCUCCUUUAAGGGAAAUGAGCCCCAGGGAAUGGACCCCGGGCUUCGUCAGGGCACAGAGCCCACCCAUCUCCUGGGCAUCCCACCAAACCGCCAGGAGAGGAAGGGGCAGGACACCGUACCCAGUACCCGGCAGCUUCCUGGUGAGGAUGGCAAGCCCAGCCCACGUGUGUGCCACUGUACCACUCACACCACGGUGCACAGCCCGGAGCCAGGAAUGAACCAGAUUGUCCUUAACUUCCUGGAGCGUUCCAACAAGCUGAUUGUGGACAAUGUGCCCUCGGAAUGUGUUUCCCAAUCUCAGGGGGCCUGUCCGGGCUCGCAGCACGUGGCCAAACAGAUUGUUCUCAUCUUCCUCGGCCAUCCAAAUCAGUCGGCCAAUGACCCCUCCCCAAGCGCUUCUCGGGAACCUCCUCCUACAGUGAGCGCCAGCACCCAGACUGUGUUAACUGGGAGACACUGGGAGCCUUCAGAUCCCCCACCUGUUACAGCAAAGGAGUCCCCUCCCAGACCCCAUGUGGAUCUUCCCUGGACUGUCAGCUCCUGCACCCAGACUGAGCCGGAUGGGGACAAUCAGCAGAAGCCAAUCAGGAGAGAGGAAGCAGGAGACCCCUUGCAUCACCCACAGGGACCCUCGGAGAGUCACUCGCCCUGCUGUCUGAUGCCACAGUUAAACCAGUACCUGGGCAGCCUGCUGCACCAACAGAACGUAUCUCUGCACCCCCCCGGGCACCAUACUGCACCCACCUCCCAGUGCUCCUGCCUCCACUCCCAACCUCCAGUUAAACAGAUUGUCCUCAAUUUCCUGGACCCAGAGAGCAGAACAGUCCAACAGGACAUCCCUGGGCCGUGCCCUGCAAGUGUCUCCUCCCACACCCCAUGUUCCACAGAGCAUCAGCCGUUUGCGCAGAAUGUCUCCCCUGUACACACCAAACCUAACAACCCAUCUCAGCCCCCCUGCACCAAAGACCAGGAAGUAAACACACAGCAGGAAGUCCUCAUCUCCACCAACCCUGCUUAUGUAGCCCUGACUCAUUGCAUUAAAGACCAGCUCAGUGACGCACAGCAUGGGGGCUUCAUCUCUGCCCAAGAGCCCAUUAGUGUUUCCCAACCUGAUUGCUCCAGGCAAGAGGACAUAGACACCCAGGGGAGGUCCUUUGGGCCUCCUAACUUAACUGACUCAUCCUUGAGUGUGGGGCCCAGACAGGAGAACAUGGAUACUCAACAGAAGGUAUCUGGACCUGCUCAUCCUAUUGACUCGUGCCCCCCAGUGAGCCCCAGACUAGAGGACAUGGAUACUCAACAGAAGGUAUCUGGACCUGCUAAUUCUAGUGACUCAUGCCCCCCAGUGUGCUCCAGACCAGAGGACAUGGAUACUCAUCCGGAAGGCUUUGAACCUGCUAGCCACAGUGACUCGUUCAAUACUUCUUUCUCCAGCCACCAGCAUGUAGAACCUCUGCAAGAUUGCUUUAAGUCCACCAACCCAAACCUGUCCCCGCUUUUAUGUUCCAAAGAGCAGCACCCAGAUAAAGAACUAGAGGAAUCAUCACAGCCAUUGUUUGGAGGACUUGAGACCAUGGACACACAACAGGAGGGCUUCAGUCUUACCCCCAAUAGUGAUUCAUCCCAGUCAGAUGGGUGCACAGAUCAAGCUAUGGACACACAACAGGAGGUCAACCAGCCUACCGUAAAUACCAUAGACGUUCCUUCUAAACAGGAAGAGCUUCAGAACAUGUCCCUUUUGGGCCAGGAUGCCUUCAGUCCUCCAAAAGAGUUAUCCAAUAUCAAUGCCUCUGACUCUGCUACUGACUUGCCUCAGGCUGAAUUGCACCCGGAAGCACAUGAUGUCUGUGUGUCUGACUGCCCAAGUGACUUGUCCCUGUCUGGUUGCUCCGGACCAGCAGCCACUGAUACACUGCAUAAAGUCUCUGGUUCUAGAACGUUAAGUAACACCUGUGAGCCUGCAUGUUCCACACCUCUUCACAAAGAUGCCGAACAAUUGCCUGUGUCCUCCCAACCCAUUCCUUGGGAUUUCCCAGAGCCAUCAUGCCCAGCCCAGCAGAACACCUUGUGCCCACCCACUAAAAAUAUGUCUCCCUUGUCUGAGAAUACAGACACACAACAAGAUGUCUCGGUCUCCAGCUCUCAGAAUGGCUUCCACACUACAAGCCCAAGCUCUUCCUCCCAGACUAAAGGCCCCUUAUUGGCCCAUCAAGUCACACAACAGGAUGAACCCUGCCCAUUAUCUUCCUCUUCUUCUCAGACAGCAAGGUUUACUCAUGGAGACCCAAAUGCACCACAAGAGGCCGUCAGCUCAGAUUCACAUGGGUGUUUACUGCAGCCUGAAGUCCCCAAACAGCAGAUGACGACAGAUACUGCACUGGCGACUAUCAGCCCCAGUUCCACUGGUAAUUUCCCAACUCCAGCAGCCCCUAAACACCAGGUACCUGAUACACCACAGGGAGCCAUCAUAUUGGGUGUUCAUGGGAAUUUAUCACAUGGUUCCAGUAGCCUUGGCUCUUCCAAUGGUUUACAGAAAGCUUCAGAUUCCAGGCACCAAUAUGCAGACGCGCCCCAGGCUACUGUUAGUACUGAGUCAAAUUGGGGCUCAUUGCAGCCCACAGAAAAGAGAGUUCAUGGAUUUACCAGUGUUGAUGACUUACCCCAGGCUGUUACCCCAAGCUACAGGGGGCAGAAUACAGGAGAAAUGCCAGAUGUUUCCAGCUCUUCUUCACCAUCCACCUGCUCUGGGAAAGAUCACAUGAGUUCCUCACUCCCCUCCCAAGAUGGUUUGUCCCAAAAUGACUACCCCAGAGACCAGCCCACAGUCCCACAGCUGGCCAAUCCUAACCCUCGCCCUCCAACUCCUUCAUCCCAUACUGAAUUUGCCUCACAGCAGGAUACUGAUACCCAACAUGAUGCCCUGUGCUCUAACUCUUCUAGUGAAUUCCCACAGUCUCUAAGCGCCAGGGAUACAAACUCGUAUGUACAGCAGGACGAGAUAGGUCUUUGCCCUGUGGGUAACGCACCCCAGACCAUCAACUGUAGUGUGGACAUUGCAUGCAACAUUAGCAGUUUAUUGCCCCAACCUGCAGGCUCCAAACACAAUCACCCUGACUCAAGCCCUUCUUGUGCGCCAUCUCCAAGCGACCCAUCUCCCUGCAUGGGUUCUGGGUACGAACGGCAGGAAACAGAGGAACCCGACACCCUAUCCGGGGCAGAUGUUGACUCUACCCUCUCUCUAAACACAGAUACACAACCUGUUGCCCCUGAGAUUUCCAAUGAGUGUGACUCAAGCCAGCUGCCUGCAUAUGGUGGAUACAACCAAAGUGACCUUCUCCAGGAUAUAUUUGUCUCUAGUGCUUCUACCUGCUGUGAUCCACAGAACAGAGACCCAUAUGGGGAUGCACCCGGCCAUAGGGACGUAUGUCCUACAGGUUUAUCCACAGACCAGACGGAAGCUGCACAACAGGAUGUCCCUGACCAUGACACCCCCCGCAAUGUGUCCACUUCUGCAUGUUCUGCACAGGAAAGCAUAGGGACUGAGCAAGAUAUUCCUGGUAAUGAUAAAGUCUCAUCCCAGUCUGAAGGCCCUACAUACCAAAGCCCAGGAACCCAACAAGAUGUUGCCCCCUCUAACCCUCCUAGCAGCUCAGCCCAGUUUGACUUCUCCAAAUGCCAACAAACAGAUAUGGAACACAAUCCUCCACUUUCUAGCACUGCUUCAUCCCAGUCUGACUGCUCCACAUACCAACAUACAGACGCACAACAUGAUCCUCCCCUCUCCAGCACCCCUAGUGGCUCAUCCCAGUCUGACUGCUUCCCAUACCAGCAAAAAGACACUCAGGAAGAUCCCUCCCUCUCUGGCCCUGCUAGUGUCUCUUCUGAGCAUGAGUGUUCCAGGUCCCACAACACAGAUGCACAGGAGGAUGUCUCUGUGUCUAGUACCCCUAGGGUCUCAUCCCAGCCUGAGUGCUCUACAGACCAACACAAUGGUAUACAACAGAAUCUCCCUACCUCUUGCCCUUAUAGUGACACAUCCCAGCUUGAAAGUUCUAGGUGCCCCAACUCAGAGACACUGAAUGAUCUCCCCCACUCUAGCAUACCGGUUGUCUUAUCCCAGUCUACCUGUUGCACAUCUAAAACUACCUAUACAGAGCCAGAUCUUCCCCUGUCUAAUUCUUCAAGUGACUCAUCUGAACCUGACCAUUCCGUAUUCCAAGACACAGACACGCAGACAGAAAUCCCUCUUGCUAACACUUCUAGUUCCUCAUCUCAUACAGAAUGUUCCAGGUCCCACAAUACAGGCACGCAGCAUGAUGUUUCCUUCUCUCCAACUCCUGGUGGCUCAUCUGAUCCAAAACAUUCCGGGUCCCAAGAUGCAGAAAAUCUGCAGAAUGUUCCCCUGUCAAGAUGUCCUAGUGACUCAUCUUAUCCAGAACGUUCCAGGUCCCACAAUACAGACACACAGCAUGAUGAUCCCCUCUCUUUAACUACUGGGGACUCAUCUUAUCCAGAACAUUCCAUGUGUGACAAAGCAGACAAACAGCCGAAUGUCCCCCUCUCAAGAAUUCCCAGUGACUCCUCUCAGCUUACUUGUUCCAGUAAUGAGAACCUGAGCACAGAGCAGGACGUGCCCAUCUCUAGAACCCCUAGUGUCUCAUCCCAGCCUGAUACCCAGCAGGGUUCUCCCAGCUCUGACCCUUCUAGUGUCUCAUCUCAGGAUAAAAUCUCUACUUGCCCAAACCUAGAUCCCCAAAAGGAUGCCCCUGUGUCUGCUGAGCAUAAAGGCCCAGUAUACCACCAUACAGAGGCACAGCGCCAUUCCACUGGCACUGGUUCUUCUACUGAUUCUUGGGAAAAUAAGAACAUCGGUCACCAAGACAAAGACACGAAUGUUCAAGGCUGUGAUUAUGGGGAUGUGCCGGAGCCUACAUGUUCAACGGCGCAGAACUCUCCUCUUACUAAGAAAGCUGGUGGUUUACUCCAGGCUAAAUGCCCCACAAUACCCCACGAACAGGAUGCCUGUGACUCCAGCACAACCAUCAGCUCAUCCCAGGCACCAGAGCUUGGGCGGAAAAUGGCCGCACAGGAUCCGGUGACCUUUGAUGAAGUUGCGGUGUAUUUCUCUAGAGAGGAGUGGGCCCUGCUGGACUUGGGUCAAAAGCAGCUGUACAGGGAAGUGAUGGCAGAGAAUUACAGAGCACUGCUGUCUGUAGGGUAUGUGAUGGAACAGCCAGGCCUCGUGCCCCGCAUUGAACAGGAGCAGCAGGAACCCUGGGAGGGGAGGCCUAUCAGAAGCAGCCUCCAUGCAGGGCGGCACUGUGGCUUUAUCAAGAAGACCAGCAAUGAUGUCUCCGUUCUACAAGAUGCAGCCAGACCUGUGUGCGACGCUGGCUCUACGAAGAGCAGCAGCCAUCUCUGCGCUCUAAUGAGACUGGUGAAAGAGAUCCCAGGAUUCCUGCUCGGCAGCUCAACCUCCGAUGGGAGUCGCUCUCCUGCCGAGAGUCUGGAGGAGCCGGAGCACAAAGGGCCGAGCCCAACAGUUAAAACAGAAGACUCCUCCCCAUCCUGCACCCCAACUCCCAUCAUAUUGCAACACAAGAGAGAGACCCAGCUUCCCGGCGAUGUCAGUAACCGGGCUAAGAACAUGGUGCCAAGUUAUACGGAGAUUAUCACAAAGGAAGAAGAUCCUGGGGCAUCUCCAAGGCUCAUUGGUCCUUCAGGAAAAUCUCCCAUCAGGCUGUGCGGCAACUCAAGAGAGUUAAACAUUAAACAGGAACAAUGUGAGCCGUGCAGCCCUGUACCCCACUUCCCUGAGGGUAAAAAAGACACUCCGGCGCAGAAGCCCAAGUCCUUCCACCCCCCCAGGAAUUCCCCACAAGCAGCUGGAAGUCACAAAUCAAACAUGGCUGCUGCACCACACCACUCUCACGCGUUAGGGAUAUCCGGGGGUGCAAGAAGCGCUGCCCCAGGUUUUGUCUCGGAAGUGAGAAUUAAACAAGAGGCUUCUGGGAUUGGAGAGAAUGCACCUGAUCCCUCCGGCAGUGUGAGGAAUCCAUCUGGCCUUCCCACUCCCCAUUUUCUGCUGCAUCAGGACAGUGAUCCCAGGAGAUUCAGAUCAUCCCCGAGAAGGUCUCCUGCAGACAACAUGCCAUUGGGUAGCUCACACCUACACGGCUUAGUCAACUGCCUGAAGGAGAUCUCGGUCUGUCGGCCGCGCCUUUACAACAAUCCCAUCUCGGCAGGGCGAUGGGGCACUGAGCUGAACAGGACCUGCCCAGACGUUGCUGGACUGACGGUGGGUCGAGGGGCAGAAGCACAAGCCCAGCACAGUCACUUCACUGGGGCCACAGCUAACAGCCCCUCCCAGCCAAUGCUUGAGGGCUACAGCCCCCGCCCGGCCCGAGAUGAAGCCAAUCGCUGCGCUCUUCCGGCUUUGGAGAGAGGACGGGAGAAGAACCUGCUUCUCAUAUCCAGCCCCCACAGGCUUGGCCACGCCCCGUCCCGCGAGGAGAUCCGCUCUCCAGACCUGGGUCUGAAGAGGACGCACUCUGAUGCAGAUCUGUCCGGCCUGCACGGUGCAACAAGCAGCACAAAGAGACCGGCCCUGGGGCCCUCCAGCCCCUCCUUCCCUGUCACCAGGAGCUCUCCCGCGCGCCGCAAUAUCCUGAGACCCCCAGAAGAGGAGCCCCCUGCCCACUGUGACGAAUCUCCAGCCUGGAGGUCCCAUUUGAUGAGUGUGAUGAACUGCGUGAAGAAGAUCCCAGCCUGCAGGCCAAGCCCCCCCGCCACUCACUGUGGGUCCCCCAGGUUCCCCAACACCGGCCGAGGCCCGACAAGAACUGAGAGGGAGCACGGCAGAACCUCCUCCCAUGGUGCCAACCCGGAGAGUAGGCAGAAAGUGAGCCACGUCCUGGGGAAGGAGGAGAAGGAGCAAAGCCCAUCAUGGCCGCCAGGAGCUGUGUGGGUGAAGCCAGAGAGCAGCCCCAGGGAGACAGACAGAACAGGUGCCUCUGGGAAGAACAUCCACCUGAGCGGCCUGAUGAAGCUUAUGGAGGGGAUUCCAGGAUCCGAUUCCAGCAGCCCCUCUAGAACCAUGUACAGCAUUGCUGUGGGGCAGAACGAUGCCAGGAAAGUGGGCCGGACCAACCAGCUGCCCUACUGUAACGAUGACGGCUUCUUCCACCCGGAGCUGAGCGAUAACACUGUCGCGUCAGUCGAUUCCAUCUUCAGUGAUGACACAAGUCUGUCCUCGGAGAAUGUGGACGUCUCCUAUUCGGGGCUCGGGGGUCUACAGAAAGUGGUGAGCGAGUACUCGGAGCAGGUGGCAGUCAGUCCCUUAGUGGCGGUCAGUGCAUCCCCUCUGCCGAGCAGCGCGCAGGAAGGGAUCAAACUGGGGAAAAACAAGGACUCCGGCACUACUGGCCCAACCUGCCCGGCGCAGGGAAGCGAGAGGAGAGGGACCCAGAGGGAUGUGCCAGAGAGAAGCCGAUGCGCCGCUGAGAAUGGCGAGGCCUCCCUGGCGGCUAUCUGCGGGCUGCAGAAGGUGGUGCGCGGGUUUGUGGGGCAGGAGUGCGUCAGUCCCUUAUCCGCCGUACGGAGCAGCGCCAGAGACGGUGCCGCUGAGAAGAACAGGAUUCAGGAGGAGAACGGUGACGUGGCCGCGUGUGUGCAGACUCCAUUGCCGGCCUGGAGAAGUGCCUUUCUGGGUCACGAUGACAAGUGGCCCCCUGGGACCGAUUCCUCCUAUUCCGCCCUGAGCGGCCUCCAGAGAGUGGUGAAUGGCUUCUCUGAGUUGGACUGCGUCAGCCCAUUCUCUGCGGUCAGCACUGCCACCAGCGAGGGCGGGGCCGAGACUGCCACCAAUAAGAAAGGAGAACAGCAAGGCCGGGCUCAUUCCUCGUACUCCGCACUCUCCGGGCUGCAGAAAGUGGUGAAUGGGGUUGUGGACAUUGGGUGUGUGAGCCCCCUCACUACUGCCAGUAACGUGUCCAGCGAUGGGGGGCAGGACGGCGGCCUGAGGAAGAGAUGUGAGCGCGGCAGUGACGAUUCCUUACAAGCAUCACCGAGACCUUCAGCAGAAAGGCAAACACUACUGCCCCCGCGGGCACCGGCCGCUAAAUCUGAUGCUGGGAAGUCCAGCAGUGGCCACAGCAGCCCAAGGGUUAAACCCACAGCCAAGAACCAGUGCAUCGACCUGACGCAGGAGGAGGAGCCUCUCAUGAGUAAAACAAGUGCAGUCGCCCCAGAGAGGCAGGAGAAGAGCAGCCGCAGGCAAGCCGAGCUCCCUCGUGCCCAAUGUAUCGAUCUGACCAAGGAGGAUGAACCGCUCGCUAAACCCAAAACCUUCACCCCACCAGUAGGCGGCGCAAUGUCCUCCCAUUCUGUCACUAUACAGAAGGCCCCCCCUUCAGAAAAGAGACCCCGGCCAUGUAUAGACCUGACGAGGGACAAACGACUGGAUGCCAAUAGGCCGCUGGAUCCGGGCCAGUCCGGGCAGGAGAGGAAGAGGAUGAGAGCGGGGGUCCCUGCGGUUAAUGAACAUCUGAGUGGCCUGGAGAAGCUCCUGAAAGAUGUUCCUGCAUUUCCCCCCAGUAACCAACCCAGCGGCUACCGACAGAACGCAACCUGGUGGUUUAAGAGCACGUCCUCUCAUGAAACGUGAAGCGGUGGCGCAUACUCAGUGCGGCGAGAGGAAACCCAAUCCAAUUACUCAUCAACAAUGAAAACUUUUAUUAGCGGGGAGGGAAAGUGUGAGACGCUGGGAAUCCCACCCGCUGGGCCUCACUGCUCCUGUACUGUAGCGCGUUGGGGGAAACGUCUCCCACCCUGACACUUGAGGAGGAUUUUUAUACCACACGGAUACUGAAUGGCAAUGUGUCCGGCCCAGUCCCGCGACGAGGAGAGAAGGGGCAGCCCAGAAGGGACUCCGGAGAGAGAGAAGGCCAAAGGGGGCCCUGUGCACAGAACCAGCUGUUAUAUAGAGGGACACGGGCAAAGCAGCCAGAUGUUACAUUGGUUCCUAUUGGCUGGUCUCCAACCUCAGCCUCUCACCCAAUCAGCUGCCGGACCUUGGGGGUCAGUACAAGGCACGGAUGUGGCAGCUGUAAGCAGAGAUGUCUGGGCCCCGAUAUCACUGGCCUCUCCACUGGCGCCUCCUGAACCCACCAAGCUCCGCCCAUUCCCCUGCUGAUCCCGCGGGGCUGCGUUACGGCUCAGAACUUCCUGCACCAAUCGACACGGAGUAUCCAGGCAAUGGAUCCGCCCCAUUCCGGAACCUUCCUGCCGGAAUUCUGUGACUGCUAAUAAAUACAGUCGGGACCAGAUAGGGGGCGCUGUGCAUGACUGGAUGACUCCUCCUACAGAUAUUUAUUCAUUUAUAUAAAUAUAUUUCUAUGAAAUGUCUAUAAAUAUUGUAAAUAAGAAUCUCUAGACCAAUGGCUGACAAUCUCCGCUACCUACAGAACUGCCUGGGAAUAAUAUUUAUAUAAACGUAUAUCUGGCGAUUGUCAGAGAAGAUAUUUUAUUGGAUAUGGUGUCUGAUGCUGAUGGUUGAGACCCAGUGAUUGGUGGGCAGCUCAGCCAGACAACUGCCCCACUAGUCAUUGGUUUGUUCUGAUUCAGCCACACGUUGGCCGCCAUUGGUCCGUACCAGGAAAUGACCAACCAAUAGCCCGACACCAUAGUCCGGCAGCAAAAGGCUUCAGUUUUAGCCCCAGAAAACAAACUGAUUUAUUUUCUAAUUUGUAAAUGUCUUUUCCCAUAAUAAAGGCCCCACAGGCUGGGGGGGGGGGGAUUGUUGGGAAAAUCUGUGGAAACAAAGGAAAAUAAACACUUUGCUACCUCAGG